CGCACACGCACUGAGUGACCAAUUCAUCUUCAGAUUUACCGCUUCUUAAAAGUGUUGCCCUAAAACACAUGCAUAAUGUCAACAAACGGCAAGACCUCGAGAAUAUUACAGUUCAUGGCCCCAGAUGAGCGCCGUCAGUUUGGAAUCGAGACUCCAUUCCACCGUCUGGCUUGGCAAAUGCGAGACAUAUUAGGAGAUGGAGGAAUUCUCAAAGAGGUCGUCCAUGCAGGGGAAGGUCCACCGGUUCCCAAGCAUGCCUCCGUAUCAAUUCAUUUCUCUGGUUUCAUUGAGUACUCUGACGCACCAUUCGAGACAACCAGCCACCUUAAAUAUCCACGAAUGAUGAAGCUUGGUAGAGAUGUUACUUUGUAUGGCCUGGAGCUCGGCCUUCUUACAAUGAAGAAAGGUGAGUUCUCUCGUUUUCUCUUCAAGCCCAAAUAUGCCUAUGGGGACCUGGGGUGCCCCCCGCACAUACCUCCAUUAGCCACGGUCCUCUAUGAGGUGCAAGUCCUCGACUUCCUGGACUCGGCACAAGUGGAUGAAUUCAUGGAUUUGAGUAGGGUAAGAUUGAAUGCUUUUAGCUUGCUCAUUUUGUUAGUUUGUGGAGUCCCAGAUGAUCAAUUCUCCAUUGUUCGUCAGGAUGAGCAGAACAGUGUUUCUCUGUCCACAUUUCUGAAUGUACUGGACACGCAGCGGAGCUUUGGAAACCUCUGCUUCAAUAAGAAGCGCUAUGAAGAUGCUCGAGAGAGAUACAAGCAGGCCAUGACACUUUUGCAAAAUCGUGAGCUGUUGGAUGAUGAAGAGAAGCAGCGUCUUGAGGAAAUGAAAUUGCCUUUCCUGCUCAACCUCUCACUCACGUACCUCAAACUGGAGAAACCUCAGAAGGCCCUUUGCUACGGUCAGAAAGUGCUGGACAUCAAUCCUCAGAACACUAAAGCGCUCUUCCGCUGCGGCCAGGCCUGUUUGGAAAUGAGCGACUAUGAGAAGGCUCAAGAUUAUCUUACACUCGCUCAGGCGAAAAAGCCUUUUGACCCUGACAUCAACACCUUGCUGAAAAAGCUUGCUCUCUGCUACAAGGACUAUUUGGACAAAGAGAGAGAGAUGUGCUCCAAGAUGUUCUCAGGUUUAAAGCGGAUGGAAAAGUGAAGAUUGCAGUGUCCAUGGUGGUGGUCUUUACCCUUUUUCAAAUCCCCCAGACUGACCACAAGUGGGAAAUAUAAACCCAACAAAAUGUAAUUUUGGCUCGAGUGGGCAACAUUGCCUCAAAUGUUUUCAUAAUUUUAAUUGAUUAUAGUUCACUUUUAUUUUGCAUUAUUUGUGUUUGAUAUAAUAUAUAUGUAUGUAUAAUUUAUUUUCGUUUUUUGACAUGGGUGUCAGCACUAUGCUAUGUAUGUUAACUUAAGAAAAGCUUUAUUAUGACAGAAAGUCAAGAUUUGUAGUGUUAUGUUCAGUAUUACAUUCAGUACUCUACAUAGAGCAUCAGAAGUUGUUCAUUAUUUCAUUUUUUUCUCAAUUUCAUAUAUAUAUUUAUUUAUUUGUUUUAUUUUAUUUUUUACUUUUUGUAUGCCAUGCAAUGCAUGUGCUGUCUUGAUUUUACUUAUUUUCAUUAUAAGUCCACUGUGUCAUGACUGGCAAAUUAUUUUGUGUGUUAACAUGUAAACAAUAAGUUUACUUAUUGCUCUUGCUCAGAGUUUUGAAUUUUCCUUAGAUUUAUAUGGAAAUUAAUAAUACACACACAUUUUGUUUACUCUAAUAAAAAGUGAACAAAACUGUCAAUAUACACUGUAUAUAUAAAGUUUA